AUGGAGAAAGUACGACUCCUCUUUUUUCUGCUGGGUGUUAUAGGACCUGGUGGAGGCACAUUAUUGUUUAAUGGACUUCCUAACACAACUACCGUGCAGGAAAACACCCCAGCUGGCACCAAUGUGUAUUCAUUCUCCGUCAAUUCUACAGCCAACUUAAGGCUAGGUCCUACAAUAAUAAACAGUAGCCCCCUCACUCAAGCCUUUCGCAUUGAUCCAACUCCUUCUAUGUAUUAUGUAACCACAAGUGCCAGUCUAACCCUUGAUUUUGAAACAAUGCCUAAUGCCUUUGAGUUACAAAUAUAUAUGGAAGACAUCUUAGGAGCUACUGAACUGAAAACAUUAACCGUCCAGCUCACCAACGUCAAUGAGCCUCCAGUGUUCCUGGGCAGCCUAGCAAAUCAAGUUGUCACAAUUUACAUCAAAGAAGGAAUGAUUGCAGGACCAAUAUAUCAGGUGUUGGCUUCUGACCCUGAAGAUCAAGCAAGUGCUCUAAAGUUCUCACUGACUCCUGCGUCUGCCACAUUUAUUAUAUCAAUGGGGGACAUCCUGUCUACAAAAACAUUUGAUUAUGAGACUGACCCACAAAGCUACCCAUUGACUGUGACAGUGACGGACUCGGGAGGAUUGUCUGUAAAUGGAAGUCUGAUAGUCUACAUAACCAACAUCAAUGAUGAAACGCCAUACUUCAAUAUGACAACCACUUCAUUUGCUAUCCCUGAAGAACAGAGUCCAGGAACUAUAAACACCAGCAUAACAGCUGUGGACCCAGAUGCUGCUGGCCUUGUUAGCACACUGUACUAUAGCAUCAAUACACCAAACCAAUAUUUCUCCAUCAAUGAAUUGACCGGUGGAAUUCAGAUUGCCAAAAGGAUAGAUCGUGAUGCUAGCCCGUUAAGGCUUAACCCAGUUAUAACAUUACAAAUCAAAGUGAGUGACCUUCCAAGUGCAGGCCACUCAAACAAUACAACUAUAACCAUCACCAUUCAAGAUAUAAAUGAUAAUCCACCAGUUUGUAACAAGUAUGCAUUCAGUGUUGCAGUUCCAGAGACUGAAACAAACGGGUCCCUUAUAAUUGAUCUUAGCAAUGAGUGCACAGACAUUGAUGUGGACACACAAAACAAUAUAUUCAACUUUACUGGACUUUCAGGUCUUGGAAGCAAUGAACGAUUUCAAGUUAUUCCAUCAGGAUCUGGCAAAAUAGUGUUGACAGGUAACUUGGAUUUUGAAGACCCAAAUAAUAUUGGUGCUGGCAAUGAAUAUAGUCUAACGGUUUCAGUACAAGACAUCGCAUAUCCAUAUUACAGACAAAAUAUUUAUGUUUAUGUGAAAACAACCCCAGUUAAUGAAUAUCCCCCAGUGUUCAACAGUUCCUCUUAUGUGUUUAACAUUUCGGAACUCUCACCACCUUCUACAAGGGUUGGUCAAGUCUAUGCAACAGAUGCAGACUACCCCUACAUCGGUAUCACAUACACACUUGUAGCUGGUGGCAGCACACUGGACGCUUCAAACAUUUUCUGGAUGAGUCCAACUACUGGGGAAUUGCAGCUUGCUGAUUACACGGAUUAUGAGACUACUCGACAAUAUCAACUUUUAAUUCAAGCUACAGAUUCCGGAUCAAAGACUUCUACAACCUCAGUGACAGUGAAUAUUUUGGAGGCUAAUGAUGAAAAACCAAUAUGUACACCAAAUUCAUACACAAUGUCUGUACCAGUGGAUCAAGCAACAGGAACAAAUAUUCAGAAUUUUAGGCUGGCAUGUACAGAUCGAGAUUCUGGACCCACAUCAUUCCAGUAUUCUAUUAAUUCAGGUAAUAUAAACAACCAUUUUGCUUUCUCACCUUCUGCUGGGUCCAACGUCUCCCGCCUUAUCCUUGCCAACCCAUUUGAUUACACCAAUGGUGGCGACAAAACUUGGAAUUACAAGUUAUUGGUUUAUAUUACUGAUGGCAAUUUAAUAUCUAAUUCACCUCAGCCAAUAGGCCUUGUUCAGACUGGCACUGUGACUUUAUAUAUUAAUGUCUAUAUUCCUGGCCUGACUACCACUAAAACAACUACCACACCUAGUGUUAUCUAUGUAGUGAACUCUAAAAAUGUGUAUUCAGAGGCUGCCUGGUAUGUGCCUUUCGUGAUCACACUUGGUUGUUUGCUUCUUCUUGGCUUGCUCGGGCUCUUGGGUUACUUCAUUGCAAAAUACUGCCCAUGCAGGACGAGUCCCAAGCCAGACACUGAAAUGCUAAUUAAACCUGUGGAAAAGAAGGUUAAACAAGAUGUUGUGUGGGAAAUGACUAAAAUGAACACAGUCUUUGAUGGAGAAGCUGUAGACCCAAUUACAGGAAAUGUCUAUGAAUAUAAUUCCAAGUCUGGUGCCAGAAGAUGGAAAGACACAAAGCAGCCUAUAAGCACUGCUCAAGCUCCACAGCAAACAGCGGCCAGUCCCACUCAACCUACAGCUCCACCACCAGCAUCAAGUGGCACCCCCCAAAAGAAGGAAAACCCACCCAAUAGUCCUACCAAAGAUGAAGGAAAGAAUGCUACAAAACCUGCUACACCUAAAAGACUUCAAACUCCUAACCAAACAUCACCAAAUAUGGAGUCUGGAAGUAAAAUUCCUGCCAACAGAGCUCCAAUGUCCCCAAGGCUCUCUCCAAACGUGUCUCCUAAAAUACCCCAAACUCCUAUACAGUAA